CUUUCUACUGCAACAAAAACCCUCCUUUUUGGCUCUCUUCAAACUAUUUCCUCAUUAGGUUUUUUCAUUUUCCAUUUUUCCUCAUCAGUACUUUUCCGAUUUUUCUUCGCCUUCAUUCCGAUUGAUUUUUUUCUUUUUUUUUUUUCCGGUGGAGUUGAACGCCGGCCAUGUCGGCUUCUCGAGAGAGCUUGGACCUUAAUCUCAGCCUCAAUAUGCCGCUCUCCAGGAUGCAUUUGGCGGCGCCGCGUCAGUCGCCGGAGGUGCGCCACGGCCGUGUGCGGCAGAAUCCUUUUGCAUUCAUGGCGUCGCCUUCUGACUCCUCCGGCGAUUGCAAACUCGCUUGCGAUAGGUUUAUUGCGAAUAACUGCAAUGGAAUCGACACUCAGCUCUCUUUGAACCACUUUCCGAACACGCAAUCGGCGCCUCAACGUGAUCAGUCAAAUGCUGUUAUGCAAGUUCCUAAAGUGGAAGAAAUGAACAAUUUUUCACCUGGGCCUCCGUCUUAUGUUGGUGGUGGACGUGGCACAAAAGUUAAAUAUGCAAAACAUGCCAAAACUAAUGGCCAACAAGCAAAGUUAGCUUCAGCCGAAAAUUUCAAUCUAACUGGCUGCUGUCGGUACGACAGUUCUUUAGGGUUGUUGACGAAGAAAUUUAUCAAGCUUAUCCAGGAGGCGAAGGAUGGUACUCUUGAUCUAAACAGAACUGCAGAAAUUUUGGAGGUUCAGAAGAGAAGAAUUUAUGAUAUUACAAAUGUUCUUGAAGGGAUUGGUUUGAUAGAAAAAACUACUAAGAACCACAUACGUUGGAAAUCGGGGUUCUUUCAACCAAACUCGCUGAGUGAUGAAGUCUCUCGCUUGAAGGCUGAAGUUAAAUGUCUACAACAGGAAGAUUCGAGGCUUGAUGAUUGCAUAAGGGACAAACUAGCGAGUUUGAGGCAGUUAACGUCUGAUCAGAAUUGUCAAAAGAAUCUUUUUGUUACUGAGGAAGAUAUUCUAAGCCUUCCGUGCCUCAAGAAUCAAACGGUCAUUGCCAUUCAUGCUCCUCGUGCAAGCUCUGUUGAAGUCCCGGAUCCAGAUGAGGACAUCGGUUUUUGUCAGAAGCAAUACAGACUCAUAGUAAGAAGCACAACUGCACCAAUUGAUGUGUAUCUCAUGAGCAAAAAGGAGCCGAGAAGUGGCGAUGUAUCUGUCAAACACAUGAAAUUAUCAAAUUCUUUGACAUGGACCAGUAGCAGAAGGCUCGAUGAUCAGUAUAUACCUUCAAGUAAUUGUCAAAAGGUAUCUGAAGUCCAGAAAAUAGUUCCAUCUGACAGCAGCAUUGAUGAUGACUACUGGUUGAGAUCAGAUAAUAAAGUGAGCGUAUCGGAUUUAUGGAGCACAGAAGAAAUGUAGCAACUAACACUUCUUAAUAGACGGCUGAUUUAAGGAGCUCCGAAUAAGAACUCACCGCCUUGGGAGAACAGAAACCAAAUCACAUCGGUAAUGUAUAUAUGCUUCAUUUAUAAUUUUCCUAAGCACCCGAAUGCAGUAGAUAACUAUUGGUCGCCACUUUCCAUUAGACUCUUUAACACGUCGAAAAUAAGCGGGCUUACAUUGGAGCUUAGUUGAAAGGUGUCAUUUUACAUUCAAAAACCUCAAGAAUGUAAAAUUUUCAGCUACUAAAGCAUAGAUUGUGCAAUUUGCCGAUUUAGUUACAAUUGUCUUUCCGUUUUCAUGUGUUGUGUUUCGUCUUUCGUUAUCUUCUGUGCACUUUUGCUGAUGGCAAAUUAUCAUGGAACAACGAUAGGAUUAAUGCAUCUUUUAACAUCUGUAGUUCCUUACAAACUGUCCGAAAUCGACCAAGGACAGUGUUUCGGUUAGAUGUGGUAUUCGGGUAGCAUCCUAGGUGGUUGGCUUGAGCAUCUUCGGGUGCUUU